UCGACUGCGUUCCGGCGACAUUCGACAUAUUGUAAAACAGGCAUAAAUGCGGCUAAUAUUAUUAUCUGGUCAGCGAAAUAUACGGAUCGAAACGGUGCCGAACGAGAUGUGGUCGACAUCGUCUAAAUCGUAGCGAGAAUGAAGGGGAAAAAGAUGAACGUAAAAAAGAAUCUGCAGCAACCUUCAUCGUCUUACGCCGACUACGCGACGGAGUUGACGGACGACGAGGACGUCGGCAAAGAUUUCGGCUCACUCAUAGACGCGCCGCUCUCGAAAGGCGGGUAUUUUGUCUUCAAAUCGGAAAAAGACUGGUCCCCCGUCGACUUUUCCUCGGAAUACUCGGAAUUUUUCACCUUGAACCUGAACACACUGUCGCACGCGCUCGAUAGUAUUCCCUUCAACGAGUACGUCGAUGUGGAGGAUAGGUACUUCACAAGCGAUCAACUGACGAGUAUCUGUAAUAAAGCGGAUGAAAGCAAAGCAGCUUAUAACUGCAUUCUGAAUAUUGCGAAGACGUCGAGUUCGUCAAAUACUGUACUUACGGAAAAUGAGAUGAACGAGGAUACGAGUACAGAGCGACUGGAAUCGCUGGAAAACACGAGAUCUCUGUUGAAGGAUCAAAAUAACUUAGAAGAUGACAUAGAUUUUUUAUUGUCUUUGGACGAACCUGUUGAAAAGAAUUUAUUAAAGAUCACACAGACUUUUAGUAUACCUUCCGCUUCUAUGUGUUCCAAUAAUGAUUCUAAACCAAAGUCAAAGAAUAUUCCAGCCAAACCAUUAGACUUAGAGAAAUGGUUAGAUUCUGUUUUGGAUGAUUAAUUAUUAUUUUUCUGUGCAUAG